UCGGAUGUGAAGACGCCGCCGGGCUGCGCUACGCUGCGCUGGGAGCUCGGCUCGGCUCGGCUCGGAGGGGAAGCGGCGGGCGGGCAGGAUGGCGGCGGCGGCGGCCGGAGGCGGCGGCGGCGCGGCCGGGGCGAGCGGCGGCCGAGCCUACUCGUUCAAGGUGGUGCUGCUGGGCGAGGGCUGCGUGGGGAAGACGUCGCUGGUGCUGCGCUACUGCGAGAACAAGUUCAACGACAAGCACAUCACCACCCUGCAGGCAUCUUUCCUAACAAAGAAGUUAAAUAUUGGUGGGAAGAGAGUAAAUCUUGCAAUAUGGGAUACAGCAGGCCAAGAGAGGUUUCAUGCAUUGGGUCCAAUUUACUACAGAGACUCAAAUGGAGCUAUUUUAGUUUAUGAUAUAACAGAUGAAGAUUCCUUUCAGAAGGUAAAAAACUGGGUCAAGGAAUUACGGAAAAUGUUGGGAAAUGAAAUCUGUUUAUGUAUAGUUGGUAAUAAGAUAGACUUGGAAAAAGAAAGGCAUGUUUCAGUUCAAGAAGCGGAAACGUAUGCAGAAUCAGUGGGAGCAAAGCACUAUCAUACUUCAGCCAAACAGAACAAAGGAAUUGAGGAACUUUUUCUUGACCUUUGUAAAAGAAUGAUCGAAACAGCUCAAGUGGAUGAGAGAGCAAAAGGCAAUGGUUCCAGUCAGCAGGGAGCGGCCAGGCGAGGCGUGCAGAUCAUUGAUGAUGAGCCACAAGGACAGAGCAGUGGAGGAUGUUGCUCUUCUGGAUAACUGUUCUCUUAAAGAAAAUGCUACAAAAACAGGAAAACAAAACUGUGCAUCAUUGCCCCCAAUAUGAAGACUGCCAUAUUCCAAGUCACAUUCUUUUACCAAUGGAGUUAUAGAAUUAACAGUAUUUUAAACUUACAUUUAUAACACUGCAGAGACCUUAAGUGCUAAACUAGUGGAGUGUGUGACAAGAGAAUUGGCAUUUUCUACAGCGGUUAACAAAGCAAUUACCAAUGGCCUUUUUACAUAUUUUUUUCCUUUAAUGAGGAAUAAUAUGCAUGUAGAAAAGACCUACUUAAAGGCUUCAUUUAUAUUCUUUUAAAUCAAAUCAUUAUUUAAUAACUUAUAUAUGUUGUUGUUGGAAUGGUAUACAUUUUUGCAGCCCUUUGUAUUUUGUGGUAGGUUGUGAAUUGUAUCACUUCUAAACGGCAAAUUGAUUUUUUUUAUUAGCAGAUACCUGAAUUACUAUUUUUGCAGGGUUAGCAAAAGCCCAUAACUGUCAACUACUUUGAUAUAUUCUAUAUUCAUCCUGUAUGCUGAGCUGGUAAAAUACAUUGUAAAUUACAUAUUAAAUAUUUUAUCUGCUUUUACAAGUGCAGGUGCAGAAACAUAUGUACAGUAGUCUUGUCAAUGACUGUAAAGUGAAUUAACAUUUGGUGAACAUGCAUAAGCUUUUGACUCUAUAGUCUCUAUAUAGGUCAUUUUCCCCCUUCACCCUUAAGUCUUCACAUAGAAGAGGGUUUUAAAAAAUACUCACAUUUUACUUUACUUGAAUUGCUGCUGCUGUUUGUCGCCACAUAUUUUGCCUCUUUCAACCCUUUCUAAUAAACAGCAGCAUUUUGCUCUGUUGCUGGACAAGAAAGGAUGAUGGCCUCUGCUGAUUCUGCUGUGGAAUGGUUACCUAGAAGUGUUUGAGUGGAGCCUGUUGAGCUUGUCACUUUGGCUUUGCCUUCCCCUUAAGCUUUGUAUAAAACUUGUCCAUGGGCAUGGGAUAAGAAUGUAAACAUCCCCCCUCCCCCCCAGUAACAGCCACUAACCUACCAAGACACACAAUCAUAAAUAGUUCAGCAUCUCCCAAGGCAGCACUUUGAGGAUUUUUUGCGAGCAAGUUCUCCAAGGAAUGUUUAUUCCUCUUCUAGUCUCCUGAGUUUGUGAUGGUAGUUUCAUAUAAUGUGGCAUAACUAACACUGGAAAGAAUUUAUUAUAAAAUUUAUAUUCUUGCACACUUUGUAAAUGAAUCCCACUUUAGAUUUUCUUUUGAGGGGGGAAUAAAAUUAUUAAGACGUGUUUAUUUUAAUAGAUUCAAGCAAUACUGCACACAGAAGGAACACAGAUUGUGGAAAUUAACUGAUUGUUGUUGUGUUCUGAUAUUUUUUCCAUUUCUGUUAUGUUUGGAAAAUGAGUAAAUGUGAUGUCUAAGAAAGUGGAAUGGUCCCUGGAUUUACUUCUCAUAAUAAGCAGUAAUACAAUUAGAGAUGAGCAGAAGAUAGAAUGAUUGAAGUUUGAGAUUAAUAUAAAAAAUAAUGGCUAAUUUCUCAAGUAGGUGAGAAUAAACUGAAUGUAUUUGGUAUUGUUAAUUCACAGUUUUGCCAUUGGCCACCUGAAAGAAUGGAUCUGUUCAUUUCUAGGUCCGCUAUCUUCUUCCCCAACCCAUUUGGGAGGGGAGGUAAACAAAAGUGCUUGAAAUGAAUGAAGCUGCCUUAUGUGGGUAAAGAGCAUUUUGCCUCUGUUUCUUUUAUGUUUCUGUGCCAGUGACUUUUCUGUAGAGAGUUCUUUUUGUGUCUUACUACCUACCUGUUCCAGACAGAUUUAAAAAUCUUUGGUGUUCAGAACUUACCUAAGCACUUUCAUGGGAGUGAGAUGUCCCUCACUUCUCCCCAAACCCAUAAUUUAAAAGUUAGUGAAUUUGAAUGAAAACAGCUUUGACCAUUUUUCCAAAUGAAAUACUGUAAAGCAAAACAAUUUUUAGUAAUAUUAAUUUUCUUGUAAUCAAGGCCUAUAAUUCACUUUGUGAUGAGUGAUUCCUGAUGCUAUCAUUGGAUUUAUUUUUUUUAUUGAGUAGAGAAGAGGGCAGACUUAAAAUCAUGAAAAAGAAGGCAAACUACAAUAAUUUUUUAAAGCUGCUCCCAGUCUUAUUAGCCUUUAAUCAGAGUUCUUUUUAUCAUUGACUUUUGUAUUCUUUUGUUGUAUCACUAAUAUCUGAGAUAAUUGAUAACAUUCUUCUUUUCCCCACAAAUAGUUCUUUUAUUUUUCUGUUUCCCAUCUUUCUCUUUUUUUUCCUUUUGCCUUACUUUGUAUCCCCAGUGCUUUGCACAGUGCCCAAGGCUAGUUUACUGACAGAUACAUUUAAUUCAUUCUUCCCUGCCUGUGCUAUAGAAGUGCCAAGGAUGUGCAUAAAUGCUAUGUAAUUCCCCUAUUGGUACUCAGAGAUCAAAAAAACAGAAAAGGUCCUGUUUUCUGUUCUACAGAAAAGAUGGGGUGGAAAGAGAAGAAGGGAAAGUAAAAUAAUGUACUAAUGUAAAAUUAAAGGGGAAGGAAUUAAUCUGUGCUUAUACUUGUUUGGAGUUACAUAUCUGUCUCCACUCCUCUCUCUAAUUGACUAAUGUAGACCAUUUUGUCCACAUAAUGUUUGUAGCUUGAAAAAGCUUAGAAAAGAACUCAUCAUAAAUGGUGUAUAGGCAGGACUUGCACUUUUUCAGUUGUUUCAGAAACUAAAUUCUAUACAAAUUUUUCUCAAAUAUGCUAAGAGAAAGACUCAUUAUAUCUUUAAUAGUGUGUGGGGGAAAAGACUCCCUUUUCUUUGAAAACAAAUGGAAAUACUGCCUUCAACUUAACCAUAAGCUGCAAUAUUGUAUUGAAUUUGAAUGAUUGUUUUUUAAAAAGUACUACUACGUUUGUUGUGUGAAGUUUGUGUAUUAAAAUUUCUUAUUCCCUGUGGACAUAGGAAAGCCAUUGGUGGGAAUAGAAAUAACAUUGCAAUCCAAGAUUAGCUUAGAUAACCAUUGCUUGUUUUUAUCUGGCAAAGAAUUAAGGAAAACUAAAAUAUUUUAAGGGAAAUUUGAGGCAACUAGAUAAAAUUACAGAAAGGAAGAAGAAAAGGAGACUAGAAAUUGAAUAUAAUUGUACUAUCUGAUUUCUUUUUCUUUAUCACUAAUUUAUCAUAAUAUAAAACAUGUAAAGAAUGAAUCAUGCCAAGUUCCUAGUCUUUUAAAAGAAAAAAGGAAUUGUUAUACCAUUUUUAUUUUCUUAGAACUUGUUUGAUGGUUCCUGCAUGCAUAACAAUUAACAGCAUCAACCUCUUAAAAUGCUUCUUUCUCACUUCUAUUUUUUUACUUUUUGUAUAUAAAAAAAAUUGAACAAUAUCUUGAGCUCUUUGGAGGAAAACAUAACAGAUAGUAAAGAAAGAAAUUUAAGAUAGAUUUUUAAGAUAUAAAGUAAACGUAAUUUUUAACCACUCGAAAUCAUAAAGCAUUUUUUCAUAAAGGGAUGUGAAUGGCAAUGUCCUGCUAUAUGCCUAUUUAAUGCCUGGAGGAAGCAUUAACUAGAUUCUCACCAGACCAUUUCCUGAUUCUAUCAUAGUAAUUUAUUUACUUGAUUAUGUUAAAAAGUAUAAACUGUGAUCCUUUGAGAAGAUGUAUUUGCUCAAUUUAAUAAGACAGGACUGAUUUUUUUCUUCUAAAAGUAGGUUGCUGUUAAUCUGAAAAUCAGUGACCAAGAAUGUAUAUUUUGAAUUCAAAACUAUGCUAUGUGUACGAUUAAAUUUCAGACUUGGGCUCCUUGUUUCAAGGAGAAAAAUAGACCUGCUGGGUUGUACAUUGGCUAUUACCAAAUAGAUUUCGGUGAAAAUUUCAAAAAAGCGGAUGGCAUUUUACUUAAUGAAAAUGUCUUCAUCUUUUGACAUAGAAUCAUGACAUUCCUAUCGGAAAACCCUUAAUGACUUGCCUUCAUAAAUAAAUUUGAAAGCCCUCUACAAUCUUGGUUCCUACCUUUUUCCAGUGUUUACUCCUCUCACAUAAACUGAGCUACUUCCUUUUUAAAAAAGUAACUGAAAUACGAAAUUAAAGAUGAACAUUUCAGUGUACAAAGAACAGAAGAGGUGAUUGUAUAUGAAAGUGAACUUCUGUUAUGUAAUUUUAAGUAUAUAUUAAAUAUAACACAAUAAUAGCAACUGCUCUGUGUCCCCUUCUGAACUUCUAUUCUCGAGUGUAUUUUAAAAUUUUUUCACUAAUACUCUAUCUCUUUAUUACUUUUGCUGCCUGUCAAAUCCUACUUUGUAACCAGUAGAGUCAAACAAAACAUCAACCUAUCCUCCUCAGACUUGUCCAUUUUAUCUUCCAUGAUCAUUUCAUCUUUAGUUAAGAACUCUUCCCUGAUCGAUAGUUGGAAAAAGGUAUCUCCUCUUUUGUUUACAUUUGGGGCAUAUCCAUUUGUAACUUCUUGUUAUGGUGUGAAAAUGUUCUAAACAUCAUGCUACUUGCUCUCCUUUGUGCUUUUGCUGUAAUUUCCUUCUGCUGAAAUUCUGUCAUUAAAGGCCACAUUCAGG